UUCAGAACACUGUGACCAGUUAUUCACUGCUCAACAGAUUGCGUUACCUAUUGCGUAAGGUAGUCGCACGCUAAAGAUAGCGUGAGCAGGCGGAAACAACUACACGGAAGUCUAGAGUGUGCUACCGAGUCUAAACAAUUUUUAACGUAAAUGUUUCCUUUGAGGCAUUAUCAAAAUGCGAAAUAUCCCAUUUAGUUUUCAAGGAAGAGUCGCGUCGAAAUCAAAAAGGCGAAAGCAAGACUUUCCCGGGGAUCAAACUCCAAAUUAUGACAUAUGAUAGUUUUGCCUGAGGGUAAAUCUAAAAUAACAAUCUUGAUUGGGAGAUGAAGAGAAUAGAAUGUGAUGUUGACAUAAACCUAAAGCCCCAGGGUUUAAAAUUUCAACUUCAGCGAAGUAAUCAAUGGGUGAACUAUGUUUGGACGUGAAGAGAAAUUUGGUUCUGUUUUGGCGGAGUGGCGGUUGAUGAGAAAAUCGAAAGGAAAUCUAAAGCGCUGACGAAUGCUACCGUUUUUAUAGAAUUAUAGCUAUGAUUUGAUCCUAUGCAGCUAUCAAAACGUGUCAUCGAUCGACCUUUUGAGAACUGAAGGCGUGAUUCGACGAGACAAUUUUGUGAAUUUAGAGGAAUCUUAACACCAGUGUAUCUGGAGCCCUAUUAGAGGAUAUAAAUCACCGAGUCGGUCAGCUUUCGACCUGUUAAGGCAUCAGCCAGUUUUUCUUCAACUACAGCGUUUGGCUCGUAGGUUCGUUCGUUGGCUCGUUUUGUAGCUUCGUCCGUUGGCUCGUUUCCACUCGUAAGAAAGAGAUGAGUUGGAUUCGAGAUCAAGGCCAUUUGUUUCGUGUUUUGGAGGAAGAGUUGAAAUGUCCGGUUUGCCUGGAGGAAUUCGAAGAACCAAAGAAUCUUUGUUGUUCCCACACAGUCUGCAAACAGUGUCUGAGUCAGAUGGUGGAACACCAUCGGCGUCAACCCUUCUUGCGUUGCCCUACCUGUAGGCGAGAAACUGAGAUCGAUUUUCCGGGGGGCAUUGACAAUCUGCCAACAAAUUACAUCGUGAUUUCUCUGAUAUCUGGGAAAAGUAAAAUCAGAGACAUCAAGGAGGUGGAGGAUCGUGUGAAUGAAUGCAAGCAGACUUUGCAAGUCAAGGAGGGAUUCCUGUCCACGAUCAUGGACAUAUCACAGAGCCUUGGUAACCGAAGGCAGCAAGUUGAAGGUGACAUUCGGCAAGCUGCAGAACGAAUUGUGCAGAUGGUAAGAGCCAGAGAGGAAGAACUUAUACAAGACCUUAAUUUGGCUGUGGCUCGACAGCAGAGAGAUUUAAGACAGCAGAAAGAAGUGAUGCAGAAUUUAAUAGCACGUGAAAAUGGAAUACUCAAUGAUGCCCUGCAACAGAUCAAUGUACUCUCCCCGAAGAUGCCUGUUGAAGCUAAAGCUUCUAUUUUAUCUCAGCUGCGAGAAAUUGAUGGUACAGAGUUGUCAAUGGACAUACCAGAAAUUGAUCCCAUUGUCUUUAUUCACAACCCAAGUGUUAGCGAAAGUGAACAACUAACUAAGCUUGGAAAACUGGAAGUCCAUUCUUCCCAUGAAGACUCAGCGAGUUCUGACGUUCACUCAAAUGAUUACUUAUCAGAUGACAUAGAAAUUCGUGCUUUUGGAACACCUGGGUGCGAGGAGGGUGAAUUCACCCUCCCGUGGGGGGUGGCCAUACGGGAUGAUGGCUGUAUCGCUGUUGCUGAUCAUGCUAACAACAGGAUUCAAGUAUUUGAUUCUCAAGGCAGUUUCCUCCAUUUUUUGACGGACGAUGAAGUGGAGAGUGUUCACCUUCCCACUGGCAUUGCUUUUGACCUUGAUCAUCACCUUGUAACCUUUGAUGAUGAAACUCACAAAAUCAAAGUAUUGGACUCUGAAGGUCGUCUGAUUAGGAGCCUGAACACCGAGGCUGAACUGGGAAACAAAGUGGAGGGAGUAUCAGUUGAUAAUGAAGGACGUAUAAUUGUCACUGACUCUUCAAAUGAACGGGUCCUUGUGUUUCAUCACAGUGGACAUCUAUGCCUUGAAUUUGGAGCAGAUGGGAGAGAAAAGCUGGGCUGGCCAUCAUCUGCAGUUUUCCAUAAAGGGCGAUUUAUUGUCUCUGACACAUUUAAUCACUGCCUCAAGGUCUACAACCGUCAUGGCGUCUACCUUCAGCAGAUUGGAAGAUCAGGAAGAGAGCCAGGGCAAUUCAUCAAGCCACGAGGACUGACUGUGGAUUCAGGAGGGAACAUACUUGUGUGCGAUUCUGGCAACUGUCGCAUCCAAGUCCUUGACUCUGAUGGAAACUUUGUAAAGAGCUUUGGAGGCUUUGGGGAGGAAGAAGAGGGAAAGUUUUGUUUGCCAUACUCCGUUGCAGUUGGAAAACAGGGAGAACUAGUUGUGUCUGACUGCAACAGUCAUCGCAUACAGAUUUUUCGAUUCCCACCUCAAGAUUAAAGCUCAAAUCCUGCUUAACGUGAACUGGCUGAUGGUGAGAUUUCAAAGUAAUGAACUGUAGUUUCAAAGAACAUUCAAAUGUUGUAAACUCUUAACCAUAAGCCCUUCAUCCUUUGCAUUUGCUCAUUUAUCUUUGCAUUUGGAGAAAAGAAUAAUUGAACUUUGAAUCAGGGUUCGUGCACUUUUUCAGGCCAAAGAUUCAAGGACUUUUCAAGGACUUUCCAGGACCCUACUUAGAAAUUUCAAGGACU